CUUCUUGUUCACCUUGAUCGCCAUUUGUUGUGUGAAAUCUUUGGGAGAAUGUCAAAGCCAACGUUGUAUUACGCCCUUUUUAGCCCUCCAGCCAGGGCAUGCGUCCUGAUAGCCAAGCUAAUUGGUCUGGAUGUGGACCUAAAGCCCGUUGACUUCUCGAAGAAGGAGCACCUCAGCGAGGAGUUUGUUAAGCUGAACCCCCAGCACCAGAUUCCAGUGCUCGUGGACAGCGACGGCGAGGUUUACGUGGACAGUCACGCCAUCGUGUGUUUCUUGGUGUCCAAAUACGCCGGAAGCGACCAGCUGUAUCCGAAGGAUCUUAAAAAGCGAGCCCACAUAGACCAUCGCAUGCACUACGAGAACGGGGUGCUCUUCCAGGUGAUUAAGGACAUUGUGGCGCGGAACAUUUACGGUGGCGAGGGGGAGUUCAAUCCCCGAUCUCUGACCCUCUGCCAGAACGCCUACUCCGACUUGGAGCACUUCCUGCAGAAGGGAACCUUUGUGGUGGGCAACGAACUAAGCGUGGCCGACGUGUCCAUCCAUACCAGUCUGGUGACGUUGGAUUUGCUCAUACCCGUGGAGCGGGAGAAGUACCCGCAGACCAAGGACUGGAUGGAACGCGUGAACAAACUGUUGCCGGACAACGAGGAGAUCAAUCUCAAAGGUGCUCAGCUCCUGCAGACCCGCAUCCUAAACUGCAUGGCUGAGAACAGAGCCAAGUAAUCUCCUCUGCUUCUUAAACUCACAGAAUCUCUUCUAUGUCUUGGUUUUUGUGUAUACCCUAAUCUUGUUAUGUUGCCAAUUAAAUUAAAUCAAUUUAAAAGCAA